CCCAUCCCCUCCUCCAGCAUUCUUCAUCUCAUCAUCCUUCGUCCCUUCCCCAGCUAUCUGUCGUCCUGAAACAUUCCUCAUCCCUCAGAGUGUACAAGAGCGGGGGACACGAGCCGACAUCGUCGAGAAUCCCACUACGCGUCUUUGUAGCACCUUGCCCUCGAUAUCACUCUACACACUGUCAAGUGCAUUCACAAGGCGUGUCUCUACCGAAACAAGUCAUCUCUCUCUCUCUCUCUAUAUAUAUCCCAUAUUCGACCCGUUCCUGCGCCACAAUUAUUUACCAGUGCGAAUGAAAACCAUCAUGGCAAACCGGGUGGAAACUCCCACCACCUGCACUUUCAUCCGCAGCGGUGACUGCAGUAAACACUGUUUCAUCAGACGCUUUUCGCAAUGGCUAUGGUCAUCGUGGUUUAUCAGUCCCACAGAACCCUGUUCCGCUCUAGCGGAGCCGCCAAGCUGUCAAAAAGAUAGGGAUUCUCCUUGGCCGUUGGAGGGUGAAGAGUCAAACGAGAACACGGACCUUGCAACCUACCCAUGUAAAGCAUGUCAAUCGCGGGGGGUCGCCUGCGAUCUUCAGCAACCGCGAUGCGCGCAUUGUCUGGAUGAACAACUACUGUGCUUCUAUGUGGCGCCCUUGCCUCCUUUACGGGCAACCAGACGGUCGAAAAAGUCGCGCUCCACACAUACGGAAACAGCCUUGCCCUCACGGGAGAUUGACGCUAGCGGAUGAUCGUUUGAGGAGCGCGAUAUUGAUUUAAUUAUUCGACUUACUUAUCAACGGUGAUAAGAUAUGCGCCACUCUCCUCUUUGCACAGAUUAGAUAAAACACAUAAUUUUCUCUCCUGCUAUAGGAGAGUCUUGAUACCCCGCAAGGACUCCUUGUAAUAAAUAGAAGCCUUUUUUUUAUCUUCUCAUAGUUUCUGUUGUUACCCCGUUGGAUAUAUAAGCUCUUUUCAUCCUAUCUGGACAAGUCAUGUGUUCUGCUUCCGUCAGUCUAGGUUAGAGACAACGUCGAGAUGAAGAAUCUUUCGCGAAUCAACAGCCUCUGCAUGCAAUCACACUUCUAACUGCACGAGGAAAUCCACAUGGAGAGUCCCUGUUGGUUAACCUCGGAUGACGGUGGACAGAGCUCCGUAAAGCUGAAAUCACUGUUGUCGGAGCACUGUGAGCCGGUCUCUCCACAUCCCCAGAAUUGCCAGACAUGCUUCAAGGACCGGGGUAUGUCCC